AUGGAGGAGGAAAUAGAGGCUGAAGUACUUGGCUACUAUAAACAGUUUCUAGGGUCAAAUGCUCCUACAAUCCCAGCAAUAGAUCCGAAUGUCAUGCAAAGAGGGACACUGCUCAAAAGAGAACAAAAACUUCAAUUGAUACUACCUAUCACAAGGCAAGAGGUAUGGAAAGCUCUGCAAGAUAUAGAUGACUUGAAGGCCCUAGGAUAUGAUGGAAUCAAUGCAGUAUUCUUCAAGAAAUCAUGGAAUAUCAUAGGGGAGAAGGUUCUGACUAGUCGACUACAAGGAGUCAUGGAUGAUUUAAUAGAUAAGACUCAAUCUGCUUUUGUUCCUGGAAGAGUUAUUAUUAAUAAUACCAUACUAAGUCAUGAGCUAGUAAAAGGGUAUGGAAGGAAAGGGGUGUCACCAAAUUGCAUGAUGAAACUGGACAUGCAGAAGGCAUAUGAUUCACUUGAGUGGCCUUUUCUUGAACAAGUAUUGUAUGCCUUAGCAUUUCCAGAGAAAUUUGUGAAAUGGAUAAUGACGUGUGUACAAGUGUUACCUACACCAUCUUCUUAA